AUGCUGCUGGUAUUAUUUACAAAAUUUGGAGGUGUGAGUUAUCGGUCCUCGAAAUCUCUUUUCCAAUGUAUAGUGCCAAGAUUGGGCCAAAUCACCAAAGAUCAGCUGCCACGGUACUUUCAUAACUCAUCGAAAUUGUAUACCAGACUUUCUUUGUUAAAAAUAGCAAAAGGACUGCAUAUAGGUAUCGCAUCACAGGCUGGGGUUAUUUCCAAAUCGCCCAUUGGUGGGAUUUAUUCAAGAAGAACUCUUUCCAUAAAAGAGGAAAACAAUGAUAAAGAUAGUAAAAUUGCUACUAACAAAGAGCACUCACGGGACUUGGAAUACAUGAGCAACUCUGCGAAUUUCAAAUUAAGCGAAAGGAAAGAUGAUUCUCAAUCUGGAUAUCCUGACGUUGAUUCUUUAAAAAAAUUGUUCCGUUUGGCAAUCCCGGAAACCAAAUUGCUAUUAAUUGCUUUUUUCUGUUUAUUGAUUUCUUCCACAAUCAGUAUGCUUUUGCCUAUGAUUAUCGGGAAGUUGUUAGAUACUAAUAAUGCAAAAAAUGAUACUGAUGCUGCCUUCACUGAUUCCACUGGUAGUGAGGAGAACGACGGAUGGUUAAAGAACUUUAUGUCAUCAUUUCAGAGCAAAGGAAACUUGGUCGAUAAAGAUGUUGAGAAUAUCAGAAUUUUUGGAUUACCGUUGAAUGUCUUUUUUGUCACUUUGGGUACUGUUUUCCUUAUUGGAGCGCUUGCAAAUGGUACAAGAAUUGUUCUAUUGAAAACUAUUGGUGAACGUGUGAUUGCCAGAUUAAGAGUUCGUAUCUUGAAAAAGUCAUUGGAACAAGAUGCUGUUUUCCUUGAUUACAACAAAGUCGGUGAUUUAAUUUCCAGGUUGACAAAUGAUUCCUUUAUUAUUACCAGAUCUGUCACCCAAAAUUUGUCUGAUGGUAUUAGAGCUGUAAUCAGUGGUGUAGUUGGCUUAUCCAUGAUGUGUCUUGUUUCCCUCAAGUUGACUGGAUACUUGAUGUUAUUGGGUCCACCAUUGGCUAUUGGAGCAGCAGUAUAUGGUAAAAAAGUUCGUAAUAUCUCUAGAAAGUUACAAGAAGAAGUCGGGUCUUUGACUAAGGUCGCUGAAGAAAGUUUGUCUUCAACAAAGACCAUUCAAAGUUUCAAUGGAGAAGUCACCGAAAUCCAUAACUUCUCUAAACAAGUCAGGAGGGUUUUUGAUGUUGGGUUCUUGGAUGCGAAAUAUACCGGUUUAUUUUUCGGUACUACUGGUUUUAUCGGAAAUUGUGCAUUGCUUUUGUUACUUAGUGUGGGUACAUCUAUGGUCAGAAAUGGAGAAAUCACUGUUGGUGAUUUGACUUCAUUCAUGAUGUAUGCUGUAUAUACUGGUUCAUCUAUGUUUGGGGUCUCCAAUUUUUACUCCGAAUUGAUGAAGGGCUUGGGUGCCGCUUCUCGUGUGUUUGAACUUAAUGAUAGAAAACCAUUAAUUCAUUCCACUACUGGUAGGAAAAUAGAUUCUCUGAAAUUAAGGGCUGAGAUUUCUUUCGAUAAUAUCAAAUUCUUCUACCCUACUAGGCCAAAUUCAGUUAUCUUCAACGAAUUGGAUUUUACAAUCAAAUCAGGGGAACAUGUAUGUAUUGUUGGGCCAAGCGGAUCGGGUAAAUCAACAAUUAUGCAUUUGUUAUUGAGAUUUUAUGAUCCAGCUACCGGUGCAGUGAAACUUGAUGGGGUUGAUAUCAGAGAAUACAAUUUGAAAAAUUUUAGAAGAAUUAUUGGUGUCGUGCAACAAGAACCUUUAUUGUUCAGUGGCACCAUUGAGGAGAAUAUCAAGUAUGGAUACCUAAAUGCCACCAAAGAAGAAGUCGACAGAGUAGUAGAACUAUCCAAUUGUAACAAAUUCUUGUCCAGUUUUCCUAAUGGGUUACAGACUGUCAUUGGUCCAAAAGGUGCACAGCUAUCUGGGGGUCAAAAGCAAAGGAUUGCUUUAGCUAGAGCUUUAAUUUUGAGGCCAAAAAUUUUAAUUUUGGACGAAGCCACCAGUGCUUUAGACUCUGAAUCUGAAAAUGCAAUUACCAAAACCAUCAAUAAAAGAAACAUUGAAGGGUUAACUACCAUUUCCAUUGCUCAUAGAAUUUCAACUAUCAAGUCUGCAACAAGAAUUAUUGUUUUGAAGAAUAAGAAAAUGGUAGAAACUGGCACCUUUAAUGAAUUAUUCAAUGAUGAGAAUUCAUUUUUGUACGAGCUAUUGAGUGCCCAGGGAGCUAGUCCAGUACAGGACGCGGCUAAUGGAACUGGUCAAUCACCGCGCGAGACGGAAGAUAAUGAACAUGAAACACCACGCCAAAGUGCCAUCAUCCAUGAUGAUAGAGAAAUUGAAGCCGAACUUUUGGAGAAAGAAUUGGUUGAUUUAAAGAAAGAACUUGCUAGAUUGAGAUCCACUGCUAACAAGAGUAUUGAAAAUAUCGAGGAAUCUCUUGAAAAUUUGAAGCGUUGA